AUGAGUAGCUAUGCUAUCGACGUGACUAAUAGCCGAGUCAAAGAAAUCAUGGAAGAACUUGGAAUAGAAGAAAAUGAACUUCUAAACAAGUAACUACCAAAUAGGACUCUAGAAGAUUUUGCCGAUGCAAGAGUAACCUCCGAAGUUCAGCAGCUUCGAUUUGAAUAUUACAGCAAAAAACUCAAAGAGACAGUCAAGCGCAUUCGCGACGUCUUAAAAGACAGAACUAUGACAAUAAUCAAGCAAAAUAGUCUACCUGAUUUGCCUCAAACCUACAAUAGUGUUUCACUAUCCACCGAAAGAGUAACUCCAAGACUUCAAGAUAUUGCAAAAGCUGAAGAAGAACGCCUUAACAAGCUCAAAGAAAUGCAAAAGCAGAAGCUAAUCAAUACCUUGGCAUGGCUUGAAAAAGUUGACGAAGCUGAAAAAAGCUUCACAAGCCCCAAAAGUGCUUCAUCGCCUAGACUAAGCCCAGGCCCUUCUACUACAAAAAGUCUAAAAUAUAAAGCAAAAAUCGAAUCUUUUAAAAAAAUCCAGCAAGAAAAAUUCAAAGAAAAGAGAAAAGAGCAGGCAGAAAAACAAAAAAAUCUGUAUAACAAAAUCAUCAUGGACAUGAAAUUCCACAGUGAAAGAGAAAAAUUAAUUGAGCAGCAGAAAAAAGAAAUAGCAAAAGAAAAAGAUGAAGCGUUGAAAAGAAAGCAAGAAGAAAUCAAAGCUAUAAAGGAAGGGGAAGAAAUAUUAAAUGAGCAUAUAAUUCAGGAGCAGCUUGAUUCUUUGCAAUCAAGAAUUAUGAAGUCAGAAGAAAAGUAUGCCACUGAAAGACAAAAUAAAUUAUCCAAAACACUUGGACUGAGAAAAUUUUGGGAUCAUGUGCUCGGAAAUCUUGACAGGCUAAAGCAAACCCAUGAAGUUGAAGAUGUGCUAAAAUUAAUUGCAAAGCAGGAAAAAGUAAAAAAGAGAAGAGAGCAAAUAAGGCAAAAGCUGGAAGAAGAAGUGAACAUAAGAAGGGAAAAAAUGGAAAAAAGAAAAAAUGCAGCUCAUACCAAAGUAGCCAAUGAUGAAAAAGAGCUGUAUAAGAAAGUCCACUAUUUGGAAAAAAGGCUGACUACGUCCCAAAAGAACUUAGAAUCCAAGCAAGAAGAGUGGAAAAAAGAAGUAAUGCUAAGAAAAGAACUUCAAAGACUCAAAGAGCUUGAUGGAGUUACCAAAGUUGAAAGAGCCAAUAGGAGAUUGGUAACUCCCCCCCCUCCGUGAGUGAACAAAAAAAUUUUGUUCACUCACGGAGGGGGGUUAAUUUUUUUUUUUUAAAAAAAUUUAUAUUUAAAUUUUAUAAAAAAAUAUUGUUUUUUCGAAAUUUAAAAAAAUCCUGAUUCGCAAAAAUUGGAAAGCAAAUAUUAAUUUAAUUUAUAAAAUUUAUCUUUUAAAAAUGCAAUUCGUUUAAAAUUAAAUAGAAUUAGCUCGAGAUUUCAUUAUACUAAUUAUCAUUUAUAUAUCAAUUUUUUUUUCCCAGAAACAAUUUUUCUAUUAAAAAAAUUUUUGUUCACUCACGGAGGGUGGUUUUUUGGCAAAAAAUAGGGAUUUUUUCUAAUGGUUUUGUUCACUCACGGAGGGGGGGGAGUAAGCAAUAUUUAGAAAGCUAAAAAACUGCAAAUGCUUGAAAAGCAGCUAAUGACAAGCCAAAGAAUUGAUGCAUUGAAGUCUGAAAGAGAAAUGGUUUUGUCCAAGAAAAGGGAGGCUGCGACGAAAGAAAUGAUACAAAGAGAAAAAAUGAAAGAAAUUUUUGCGAUUGUUUGCAGAUCACCAAAAUCAAAAACUGCCCAAGAGCAGCUAAGGAUGCUUGAUAUUUUGAAAAAGCCUUCUUCAGAAGGUGAAGAAGAAUCAUAA